GGAACACUGUGCUCGUGUUUGUGGAGGCUAGGACUGAGACAUCCAUAUCUUGAAAUAUUCAGGCAGCUGUACUGCUCAGCUUUCAUUGUGAGACUGACCCAUUUCUAUCUGAGAAUAAAUAAUGGAGGGGAGAUUUGGAGACCAGCACCUUUGAGAGGUUCCACCUUCUGCACCUAUUUCAUAUCUGAACGUCUAAAGAAGAAAAAGAACUGUGUAGUAGAAGAUAAGCUCUGCGGCAGGCGUCAUGACCACAGCUAGGUACCGUCCCACCUGGGAUUUGGCCCUGGACCCGCUGGUGUCCUGUAAACUGUGUCUGGGAGAGUUUCCCUUGGAGCAAAUGACCACCAUCACCCAGUGCCAAUGUGUCUUCUGCACUCUGUGCCUGAAGCAUUAUGUGGAACUUCUCAUCAAGGAGGGCUUCGAAACAGCCAUCAGCUGUCCAGACUCAGCCUGUCCAAAACGUGGACAUUUACAAGAAAAUGAGAUUGAAUGCAUGGUGGCCGCAGAGAUAAUGCAGAGGUACAGGAAGCUGCAGUUUGAGAAGGAAGUGUUGCUGGACCCGAGCCGGACCUGGUGCCCGUCCUCCACGUGCCAGGCCGUGUGCAAGCUGAAGGAGUCUGACACGGCGCUUCCACAGUUGGUGCGGUGCAGCGUUUGCACACUCGAGUUCUGCUCUGUCUGCAAGGCCAGCUGGCACCCGGACCAAGACUGCCAAGAGAACCUUCCCAUCACCACAUUUCUACCUGGAGAGAGCAGUUCGUUCUUUAAGGCUGACGAUGACGACGCCCCCAUCAAACGCUGUCCCAAAUGUAAAGUCUAUAUAGAAAGAGACGAGGGCUGUGCCCAGAUGAUGUGUAAGAACUGCAAGCAUGCUUUCUGCUGGUACUGCCUGGAGUCUCUGGACGACGACUUCCUCCUGAUCCAUUAUGACAAAGGACCCUGCCGGAACAAGUUAGGCCACUCCAGAGCCUCCAUGAUCUGGCACAGAACGCAGGUUGUUGGUAUCUUUGCCGGUUUCGGCCUCCUCUUACUGGUGGCUUCUCCGUUCCUGCUGCUCGCUACACCAUUCGUGCUGUGCUGUAAGUGCAAGUGCAGUAAAGGUGACGAUGACCCUUUACCCACCUAACAGCCCGGCGUGAGCAGUCCCUGUACCAGGAAUUCCGGUCAUCUCCUUUAAUUGUUUUUCUUUUCCUCCUCCGCCUUCGAGCUCUUCAUCAACUGGUGGGACUUGCGCAUUUGAAGCCGCAACACGAGCCAUCUCACGCCACGGUUACUGUCACAGCUGACAGUAGGCUCCAUCCUGCCAGGGACUAAAGGAGACUUCAUAAGCCUGCUGCUUGCUAAGGUGGAGGAUUCGAGAGGUGGGGGUUCCCUCCGCAGUAACAAAAGGGAUGUUACUGAAGGAGCACAGCGCUGCUCCAUCCGGGCGCUUGUUUGUUUGGUGAAUGUUUCUCAUAUGUGGCUGUUCAGGAGGGUUCUGUUCUAAUAGAACAUAUAUUCAAUGUGUUUAUGUCUGUUUCUGUGUGCAUAGUAGCAUUUCAGUCACACAGCAUAUUCUUUAUUACUUGUUUUGCACAGAUAAGGGGCUUUUUUGUCACUUUAAAUGCUCUAAAGUCAGUAGAUUUCAGUUUGGGGUCAAAUGUACAGCUAAAAUGCUACUUUAAAUGUUUAUUUACAGCUAAAUUUAGCCUUUUUUAAUAGCAUGUUUGUAUUUUCAUGUCAAGUUAUUGUCUUUCUGUCUGAAACUAUUGACAACCCUAGUUUAAUUUGGCAGAUAUUUUGGCUGUUGAUGUCAUCAGAUUAUAUUUACCAUUGAAAUUUCGCUCAGUGCACUUAAAGCAACAUUAUGCAAAUUUUUCUGCGUUCAAAAUAUACUAAAUGUAUAUAAUGAGCGAGUACAUCAUAAAUUAAUCUACCAAACCGCCUUUUUGUCUUAUCUCACAUCACUGCGGUUCAUUUAUAAUAAGUGAUUAUUUGUGGACUAUUGUAGCCUGGUCGGAUCGUCACCGCUGCGGAGUAACACACACCUACGCGAAUCGCCUUAGACAUAAACUUGGAGAAGUAGCUCCGGUUAGAAUGUUCUUCCGCGGGAUGCGUGCAGUUCUGUUUAUUAACCGCUAGAGCGCCAAAAUGUUCAUAGUGUUGCUUUAAGUGUAAUUUUUAGCCUUCAGAUUGAGUCACUGACCUCCCUGCAUUUAAAGCAUAAAUAUGAUUCCAAAGUAGGGCUGUUCUGUGAGUUGCAAUGCCAAAUAUUGAGCUACUGAAAGUGUCACUCAAACGAUACUUUAACCUUAUCUGAACACCCAAUGCUUAAACCAGAACUGUCAAAAUACAGAAACCAAAUAAAACAUUUUUUAACCUGUCUUUAAUUACAUUUUGUUUAUUUCUAUUUUAAUUUUCCAGUGAAAUGUGACGUCUGCUCAUCUUGUAAAUUUUGUCAAAUCGUUUGAAACUCACAUACAUUUUUUAUAACAAAAACAUUUUGACAUUUUGGAACAGUCCUUAAUUCUGGCUGGGAUUGUACGCAGAUUUCAAGACUGUUUGGCUUAACAUAUUUACAAGUCUAGCACUGUUUCUAUGCAAGUUCAAAUAACUUGAAGAUUAAAAAAUAUAUAGUUUCUGCUGUCUUGAACUGAAUGGUUGCAAUGGGCAAGUUAGUGUAACUUAGUUAAAAAAAAGGAAAAAUAUCUCAACUUAUGUUCAAAACUGAGUUGAUCAGUUUCUGAAAAGCCAUUACAAUUUCAACAUUUAAAUGAUCUCUUUCAUUUAAUAGACUGAUUUUAAAAUCGAGGUAUGUUACUGAAUGUCAACAUUUUGCCUGCACCACCUGAACUAGCAAGCAUAUGUUCAAAAACUAUUGUGCCAUCAUAAGUAACUCAGAAAUAUUAAGAUCAGACCACCUGCCAUAUGUGUAGCUGGAUCAUAUGUAGCUCGUAAGGUUCCUUUAAAAUCUUUUUCCCUGAUCUACUGUUUUAUUUUUCGUUAUUGCUGUGUAAUGGAAAUGUUCCAUAUUGGAGGUUGAUGUGACAAAACGAAUAUUGUUGGGUUUUUUCUUUUUCUUUUGUAAUACAGUAUUUCUUUGCCCUUUUGAAACUCACAGUAUACAUAAAGUUGAUUUCCGGUGAAUAUUUGAUGUUCGUCACUUCCAUACUUUGGUAGCAUUAUCCCGUUUCAGCCUUAAUGUAUUUGAGUGCCUCACUGGUUUUCUCUCCUGUAGCCGAGGGCUUGAUUUUAUUUUAUUUGUACAUUGUACAUGAAAUGGCCGUGAUAAAUAGUAGGGUAAUAACAUCUCAGAAUUGAUUUUGCUUCAUUAUUUUCUGAUUAUGACAAGCAUGAUAGAUCAAAUGAAAGCACAGCAUCAUUGUCAGUUAUGAAUAGCACACAAGUUACUCGAUCAAGCUGAAUCUAAUUGUACUCGCAUUAUUCUACAACAUUUGGCCAUUUCAUGUAGAAUAAUAUAAAGUAAUGCUUAUAUAUACAUGUAUAUAUUGACAAUCAUGCCAAGCAGGUUCUAAGACCGUGGGUAAAUGGCCUGUAUAAAUUCAGUUGAUUGCGUUUCAUUUAUGAUGUAUGUAUGUAUAUUUUGUUGUAAUACUCUUUCUUGUUAUUUUUUCAUUGUGUACAGUGUUUAUGAAAUAUUAGUUAUACAAUGUAAUCGUUUGCUUAAUUCAGGGUUAUUGAAUUUGCACUUUGGCUGUUCAUGCGGUCAAGGGCUGUUUUUGUUGUCUUUGUUUGAGUUGCGUCCCGAACACCAUUUGUUCCUACAUCGAAUUAGAAAUAAUAAUUGUGGCUUUACAUGUAAACUGGGAAAUACUCCUUGAUGCAUACUAUAGAUCUAGCAAAGCAGCCAAAAACUGUAUUGUUCCUGUUUGUGGGAAUUUGCUUGUUGCACAAAACAGCCUUUGCAGAUGCGUUUUUAUAUUUUCAGAUUAAACUCCUGUAAGCUCUUAUAGUUUGGAGGUAGAGCAAGAAUUUGGAAAGAGUGUCUUGUUUUUCCUUUUUCUCAACAGUGGUCUGUUUGCAUUGAGGUCCGUCUUUCACUCUUGACAUUUGCCUGUUCCAAAUAUUAACAUUUAUUUUAUGUUUUGACUUAUACCACUUUGGAUUUGUAUGCACCUUGGCAGUGGCCCUUUGCCCUUGCUCUCUAAACUGAUUUAGCCUCCCACUCUUCCUUGGAUGGCCUUCUAAUGUAUCAUUUGUUUUUGAUACGUCAUAAAGAGAAUGUUUUAUUCUUUGAGAAUCACAGCCAAAUUCCACUUGUACAUUUGGAUGUAAAAUUGCAUGCAUGUGAAGUCUUGAGGAUAAUUGUUAUUUAAUUUUUUUGCGUAUUCGUUUAUAUUGUCUGUGCCACUAAUACUGGGAUAUAAAAAUUUAUGUAUUAAUGUUCA